UUCAUCAUCGUUGGACGAUAGAGUUGUCGCGCGUUCACUCGUCGUAUGACUUUCUCAUCGUACAUCCAAGAUGGAUGGGAACGGUCUCCUCCUCAUCUUGUUAUUUAUCUUCGACGUCGUAUGUGUCGACGUGAUAAUGUCGUAUAGUUCGAGACGGUGCAAUGAUGUCGAAAGCCAAUCGAGCAUGCUUCAAUUGAAGAGGCACCUCCUCUGCGAGUACGACCCUGACGUAAGACCAGUGCAGAACAAUAAUAAUGUGACGCGCGUGAAACUGCAUAUAAUUCCGCAAUUUCUGCAAUAUAUAAACGAGGAAGAGAUCUUCGAACUGCACACGUGGACAUCGAUGACGUGGAACGAUUCGCACUUGACGUGGGACCCCGCGCAAUUCGACAACAUCCAGCUGAUGUUCGUGCCCGCCUACGAGAUUUGGGUGCCGGAUAUUUAUCUGCAUAACGUGGACAUAGACAACACCAUGUUCUCAGGUUUCAUGCAGACAAAGUGUUGGGUCUGGAGGAAAGGAAUGGUCCAAUGGUUAACACCGGCGAAGUACUCCACGUUCUGCGUCGCCGAUAACACCUGGUGGCCGUACAACAUCAUGAACUGUUCCAUACAGUUCGGCUCGUGGUCGCAUACCGGCGACGAGAUCGACCUCGUUCAUCAUACGAAUCUGACGACGAUGGCGGAUCUACACGAAUACCAAAAGAACGUCGAAUGGGACUUGCUGAAGAUUUAUGUAACGAGCCAGGAGGAAAAGCACAAAUAUAAUUCGAACACUACCUCCAGACUGCUCUCUUAUCAUUUUAUUCUGAAAAGACACUGGGGUAUCAUACGCAUCGCAUAUGUGACACCCACUAUAGUGUUGAUGGUGAUGACGUUGACCGCACUGUGGCUGGAGCCGAAGUCCUUUGAGCGGAUGGUGAUCGCCAAUUUCAACUUCAUCUGCCAUUUAUUAUGCAUACAAGACGUGCAUUGGGAAAUGCCGAAGAGCGGCUUCAAUACUCCCAAAUUGCUCACUUUCUAUGAGAGCUCUUUUGCGAUGGCACUGUUCGUGUUGAUCCUCACGAAUAUCCUGCGACAACUGCAAGAACUCACCACCCCGCCGCCUGCGUGGAUCUCGUCAGCUACGACGUCCCUCUUACGCAGCCGGGUCGGUCAGAUUCUGUUAAUUAGCAUCCUGGAUCCGGCCGUAACAGCUAAGAUAGAAAUUGACGCGGACGAUAACGCCGAUCUCGUGCAGUCGAACAGCAAGAAAUCACCAUGGAGCUACGUGACAGUAUUGGUCGGCUGGUUGGCAUUUUCGGCCAUCCUCCUCACGUACAUCGUGCUAUUAGCUACGUGUCUGCCGACGAUCUGAAACGCCGAUGCCUCGUUAAUACUUGAACUGAGCGCGGGACUAAGCAGUGAUCGGCGCUGUAAUAUCGCCGCGUUUCAUUAAAGCGUCGCGAUGAACGCGUUAAGUUUCGGCGUAGACAUCGAUUACACUCAAUUCAUUCUUCUGCGUGUACUUUACAUCACAACUAUCACAGUAGUUGAGCAAUUUUUUAAUCUAGAGUUGAAACGCUAUCAAUACGGGGAGAAUAUUCUUUGUUACUCUUCUUUCAGAACAUAACAUAUUGAUUUCGAGCCUUUUAAAUGUUAGCAAUUCAUACUGUCGGCUUUGAAUUACAUGAACAUCUAAAUCGAUCAUGGUCUAUGUAAGAAAUUAGGUACUUACCCGGCGAAAAAUAAUUAUAUUAUGAAAUAAUUAUAAUAAAUUUUGUCUCUUUAUAGCGAUGUAUAAUUAUACGUAGUUAUGCAGCGUAUGCGUCACAGCAAAGUUUGCGUAUCGUGAUGGACACCUUGUAUAUAUCUAGACUGAAAAAAUGCUAUUGGACAAAUACAAUUAAAGUGACUGCUUAUGUCUACGGCAGUCCGUGAUAUAAACGUAUAACUGAACGAAAUAAUUUCUUCUUCUCGUCGUUCAACGACAUUUUUCUUCAGUGUCGAUAUAUAUAUAAUUUCAUAUAAUUAUAUAUGGAGAUCAUA